CACCAAGGUAAGCUAUACAAUACAAAGUUACAUCACUUCUCACUGUUCUCACAUUGUUACUAUGAAAUUGCAGUUACAAAAUGGUUAAGGCUCUCACCAUCACUGUUCUGGCUACUUUUGCUGCUUCUGCUUAUGCUGCAACAGUCUCCAACCCUCAUUACCUUUGUGGAUGUUUCCAGCCGGAUUUUGACUACGGUUGUUGCUCUGAGCUUAAAGGCGUUUUUGAUGGCUUGAAUUCUUGCGCCUUGCCUCACACCGAUGCUAAACUCAACGCAUUUUCGUCUUGCUGCAAAAAGAUUGGCGGCAAAGAAACCAAGUGUAAAACUAUCUACUCAUCGGAUCCUUAAAUGUAUUCUGGUUAGCACUUGCGAUGCCGCAGAGUCACUGAAUAAACUCAUAUGUCACUUAAAGCAAUAAAGCGAACAAUAUGCCUUCUAUAGAGGAC